AUAAUAACACACAGAUUCAGGGUUGAUUCAGUGACUGCGUUACAGAGCUGGUUUCAAGAUGAAACAAACAAACAGCUUUCACGAAUUUCUAAAUUAUUUCAGGAUUGUAAAACUGUGUAAAAUGACUAAAUAACAGUGUUGUGAGCGUGAGUUCAGCUCUGGCUUCCUCUCUUCUCUGUGCUUGAGGUUUCAUAGUGUUUCCGCUCACAGUACGAGAUGUUUGAAUGAUCACAGUAUAGAAGAUAAUCAUCUGGAUCAGACGAUGAGGAUCAUACAGCUUCACAUCUAUCUGUUGAUGUGGUCUCAAGCCACGGAGAGUGUAACAAACACAGCAGUAACUUUAGGAGCUGAUGUGAAUAUAAGCUGUGAUCUUGAUAUAAAGGAGAUUUACUGGUACAGACAGAAAUCACCAGAUCCUCCAGUGUUGAUCUUACGCACUUAUAAAAGCACUUUUGAAGGAGCUGAAUAUGAAAACAGCAUCUUUGAAGACAAAUACUCGGUGAAAACUAACAGUCGUCUGUUCAUCAGAAAUAUCAGCACUGAUGAAUUAGGAGUUUAUUAUUGUGUCAAAACUAGUGAACCACAAAAAUUCAGCAACGGCACCAAAAUCUACAUCAACAACUCUUUCCUGAAGAAUCAGACUUCAGGAUCAGAGUCACAUGAUGCUCCACAAGACCAGAAAUCAUGGAUAAAUCUGACCAUCAUCAUCAUCAUCAUCAUCAUCACUGCUUCUGUCAGCAUUGCUGUAAUAGGUUUGAUAAAGAGCUGCACAAACUCAAGCAGAGGAGGUAAAGAAAGCUUCAGGAGAGGCGUGAAAGAGUCGCAGUUUGCUGAAGCUGUUUUGUUGAAGCAUCUCAGUGGCAGCAGAUCUUGUCAAACCGUGUGCAGCUUCUCUCUUCUUCAGUCAAUAACAGAUGAAGGAGCUUCAGAAGAGACAGAAAAUAAAGACUUCAUCUCUAUACAGACUCUAAUGUGA